GAACACACGGGAGACUCAUAAGCAAGAAUUUUUCUUCAUUUCUUUAUUUUUUAUUAGAAAAAUUAUUCUAAUUAAAAAAAGAAAGAAAGAAAAGAAAAAAAAAAACAAUAAGCUCAGCUUGACAGCCUCGGUCUCAAGCAUCUCCCUUCCAUAAAAUCAGCACACUCUCCAAGAAGAAGAAGACUUCCACUUCCAGUUACCCUCUGCUACUCCAAUUCCCCGAAAAUCCCAAGUCUCUCAGUCGACCUUUCUCAUUACUGUUAAGAAGCAGUAAAUCAUCAACAACUUGGCUGGUCUUUUCCUCUCGUCCGUCUUCUAGAAGAAAGAUAAGAAGAAGAAGAGGAUAAGCUUUUGCGAAAAUGGACGAAAUGUAUGGCCUCCAACCGACGACGGCGACGGCGACGGCGACGGAGUACUCCGACAAGGCGCUGAUGUCGCCGGAGAAUCUGAUCCUUCCGUCGGAGUACCAGGCGCUGCUCUCCUCGUCGGCGUUCCGCGAUCGCCUUCCGUUUUUCGGAUCCGACGAGUUCCUCUCCGCCGCCUCCGCCAUCUCCGAAGCCGCUUCCAUAACUCCCGAUUUCCAACGCGAAGAAGACGUCUCCAGACUCAUCAAGGCCAAAAUCGCCUCUCACCCUACCUAUCCUCGCCUCCUCCAAGCCUACAUCGAUUGCCAAAAGGUUGGUGCGCCUCCGGAGAUAGCGAGUUUUUUGGACGAAAUCCGCAGAAAAAACGAGCUUUAUAAGCGCGAGUCUUCUAUAAUCUCCACGUGCUUAGGAGCCGAUCCCGAGCUUGACGAGUUUAUGGAAACCUACUGUGACAUGUUGGUGAAGUAUAAAUCGGAUCUCGCGAGGCCUUUUGAUGAAGCGACCACUUUCCUGAAGAAGAUCGAAACCCAACUGAGCAAUCUCUGCACCAGUGCCACCAAUACCAGAGGCCUUUCCGACGACGGUGCUGUAUCGUCGGAGGAGGAGUUUAGUGGUGGAGAGGUAGAGGGACAAGAGCCGCAACUGAGAGUCGAAGAUCGAGACCUCAAAGAUAGACUUUUACGUAGGUUUGGCGGCCAUAUAAGUACCUUAAAGCUUGAGUUCUCUAAGAAGAAAAAGAAAGGAAAGCUACCUAGAGAAGCAAGGCAAACCCUUCUUGAUUGGUGGAAUGUUCACUAUAAAUGGCCCUAUCCAACGGAAGCAGAUAAGAAUGCACUGGCUGAAACAACGGGAUUAGAUCAGAAGCAAAUUAACAAUUGGUUUAUAAACCAAAGAAAGCGCCAUUGGAAGCCGUCGGAGAACAUGCAAUUCUCGGUGAUGGAUAAUCUUUCAGGACAAUUUUACAGGGAUGACUGAGGUGAAUAUGCAAUGUACAUUCUCCAAAUCAUGUUGCUCCUGUUGACGACGAUAAAAACUAUUUAUUAAGAUAUAUAUGCUUAUAAUAUAUAUAUAUAUAUAUAUGCUAGCUUCAUGAUGUAUAUGCUGAAAUGCGCACUUUACUGACAUUGAAUUGCUUCUUUCCCGGAAAGAAAAAGGAGGGAGGCAAAUAAUUGUAAUUUUCUCUUGUGUAUAUUCCGGAAUUU